UCUUCAUCUCUCUUGAUCUGUUGAAAGCAUAGAAGCAUACAUACACACACAGAUUAUCUUGAACAAUGUCAGGCGUUUGGGUGUUCAAGAAAGAAGGCAUGUAUCGUCAGGCAGAAGCUUCGAGCAACAGUUCCCGAAGGAAGGACCUGGUCUACUUGCCGACUGGUGAGGUGGUGAACUCCUACGAGUCGCUUGAGCUCAUCCUGAGGGGUCUGGGAUGGGAGAGGUACUACAUGGGCGACCCGGACCUCUACCAGUUCCACAAGCAGUCGUCCAUCGACCUGAUCUCCCUCCCUCGCCAGUUCUCCCGCUUCAACUCGGUGCACAUGUAUGACAUAGUCGUGAAGAACCCUAAUACCUUUCACGUCCGUGACAUGUCUUCCUGAACUGUCAUCCUCGGACUAGUCAUGCAUUAUAUGUUCGUGUUUCCUUUCUAUCAAUCAGCCGCACUCAGCUAGCUUCCUGUGUGUUUAGAUCGUGUCUUCCAGUUGUAUCCUCUAUGGUGGGUUUUUUAGAGUCGUGCUCUUGUUGUGUAAUAAUUUGUAUUCUCGUGUUUUGAUUCAUCCUAGACUGCGGGAAACGAUCUCCUCGCUGGGGGCAAUGUUUCAAAUUUAUGUAUGUUUCAGAUCAACUCAAUCCAUCGUAUAAUAAUAUGGAAGGGACAUAAAUUGUCUCUUUUACA